CAAGGAAAAACUAGAAAAGUCUAAAAGGCAGCCGCCAGGAAGGAGCUGCCAACUUGCAUAUUACGCCAGCGCGUUUCGUUCCUUUUUCCACGCUUGUGACCCGUAGCCCACGUCCACUUUGUGGCGUGUGCAACCAGAAGCCGCCAAGACGACUUACUCGAUAAUGAAAAUGAGCUCGCCCAGGAUCAUGCAGCAGAAGCGGAGCAGCAAGUCCUCCAACUCGUCGCGGGUCUCAAUGACGACCUCGACGGCGGAGGAGAAUCUUCUCGAGUCGAAGCUCUUCAGCUGGAUGAGGCUCUUCCGCUUCGCCUCGCUGCUCUGCCGCGCCGAGUAACCAACCACCCGGGAUCCUUCCUUCCCUCAAAUGUUAAGAGAAACGCAUAUUACAGAUACUCGAAC